AGUCGUUCCUUCUGGCUCAACUGACCAAACACAUCAAAGUGCUGGAAGCUGUGCCUCUCACUCAGGCGAGAACCACCAACACGCCACAGCUCUUGUAUCUACUUCUCCUCCCAGCCACAAAUCCACGCAACCUCAUCAACAAACACAGAUCAAAAUCAUGGUUCCAUCAAUCUCCAACUCCGAGACCAAACCCGUCACUGUCCUAAACAUCGUCACCCAUCUCAAUUCCGAGAAGCACUUCCCUGCCGCCAAAGAUCUCGACCUUGGACUUGUGAAGGCAUGGAUGCGCGCUCUGAACAUCGGUCUCUCUAACCAGGCCGUCAAGAUGCUGGCUCCAAAAGUCUUGGAAGAGCUGUUCAUCCUAGAAGACGUGGAUGCGAAAGACGUUGUCAUCUACCAGCAGCGUCACCCCGUCAAGCGCGUCACCCCUGUCGUCACUCACUUCUGGUUUGGCGGUUCUGCUCUUCCUCAAAAGUUCAUGCAUGAGAGGCCCAAGUCCGAGGAGAGCGUUCCCAUUUCGGUUCCCAAGUCGACUAGUGCCCACGAUCGUCAUGUUCCUCCUCGUGUUCCUGGCAAACAAAUCAAGGGAGAAAUCACCCACGACAUUACCCAGGCUGCCCACGGAGACGAUCAUUGCGAGACCGAAACAAAGAGAUUCGUGGAGCCCUUCGACGAUUCUGAUGAUAGCAUCGGCUCUGAGGAAGCUGCAAAGGAGUUGAAGAAGGCAAAGAAGGCAGCCAAGAAGGCCAGAAAGCUCAUCAAGGCUCUGGAGAAGGCCUUGCCGCCCGUGGGAAAGAUGGAUGUUGAGGAUGAGGAUGACGGUGAGGACUCUGACUGGUCUCAGUCGAGCUGGAACCCCUCUUGGGCUUCAGAUGAGGGUGAGAGUGAGGAGCUGUAA